AUGUCAUCUCUGGUUUCUCUACGGCUACCAACCUCCUCUCCUGCUCACCCACGCCUUCCGAACGACAAACUCUUCUUCGGUCCCCUUCUCCCUAUAACCACAAGCCCAAGGCAUAAUUGGGAGUUAACCAGCCCAGGGAACUUGAGAUACUGUGCAAUUAAGUCCAGACUCACAAAACCCAAGGAGUCUCCUGCCACGAACCCCACUACUUUACUUAAAGAACCUCAUAAGUAUUUUGAUCAAGUAAUCAUCACCGUCCGUUCUGGUGAUGGCGGCCACGGUGCAAUCCUUAGCAUGCCUGGCCAACAAAGAGCUGCCAAGUCACAAGGGAGACAUGAGAAUAAAGAGAAGGCAAAGAAGAAACCCUCAUACAAAAGGGAUUUCGAUGGUUCGCUUAUCCUUCCAAUGGGUGGUCAUGGUGGAGAUGUGGUGAUUUAUGCCGAUGAAGGAAAAGACACAUUAUUGGAAUUUCAUAAGAAGAGCCGGUAUAAUGCAAAACGUGGUGGCAAUGUUGAUGCCAUGGGCGUUUUGACUUCUCAAUUGCGUGAUGGUCUUGCUGCCCCGACUUUGCGUGUUCCUGUGCCUGUAGGCACAGUUGUGAAACGCAAACGAGGGAAGUUAUUGGCUGACCUGGCGCAGCCUGGUGAUGAAGUACUUGUUGCAAGGGGUGGUCAAGGUGGGAUUAGCUUGUUAGAAAUGCCGGCACACAGAAAGAAAAGGUUGAUGUCUUUAACCAGUAACGUGAUGAGAGAUGAUAGUGAUAAGGUUUUAGUUGUUGGUCAGCCUGGAGAGGAGGUUAGUUUGGAGUUGAUUCUUCGAGUUGUUGCCGAUGUUGGGUUAGUUGGGCUUCCUAAUGCCGGCAAAUCAACACUUCUGGCUGCCAUUACACUUGCAAAACCAGAUAUUGCUGAUUAUCCUUUCACAACAUUGAUGCCAAACCUUGGGCGGCUUGAUGGUGACCCUGCUUUAGGGGCAGGUAGAUAUUCAUCUGAAGCAACGUUGGCAGAUUUGCCUGGUCUUAUAGAAGGUGCUCAUCUGGGCAAGGGUCUAGGUCGCAAUUUUUUGAGGCACUUGAGGAGGACACGUCUGUUGGUCCAUGUUGUUGAUGCAUCAGCUGAGGACCCUUUGAAUGACUACAGAACUGUCAGAGAGGAAUUAAGGAUGUAUAAUCCUAAUUACCUAGAACGACCGUUUGUUGUGGUGCUCAACAAGAUUGACAUUCCUGAGGCAAGGGAUAAGCUUCCGUUUUUAACUGAAGAAAUCUUAAAGAUUGGAAGUGAUAUAGUAAAUUCUGAGUGGGGAAGGAGUUCUGAAGAUGUAGUUCAAUCAUCACCCGCUGAAGGUGGUGAAGCAGAUAUAAUAUAUUCAGUGAUUUCUGAUGAAGAUAAAAUUGAUAGAGAUAUUGAGGACUACCCACGGCCCACUGCUGUUGUUGGUGUUAGUGUUUUGAAAGGCAUCGGAGUAAAUGAAAUGUUGAAGGAGAUAAGGGCAGCCCUAAGGAAGUGUAGAGAUUCAAAUGAAGCAUUGGAAUUAAGUGCGAGAUCAUGAGAGCGAUACAGUUGUGAAUGUAACUAAUCCUAUCCACUCAGGACUUGAAUUACCUGUGUGAAGCUUACCACAGAUUUUCUUCUUGUCCAUUGAAUCCUGAAACAGUUUUGUCGUGCACACUAUAAAGCUACAAGAUCGACUCUCAAAAGCUCAGAACUGUCAGAUUUUAGCGCUGCAGCUUCUGUGCUAAAGUUUUGGCUGUCUAGGAUAUGUAUAUGUCUACUCAGGUGCCUACUAUCAUCUUCUCUCCAAUGGGAUUUCUAAACUACAGAUUAGACCAAAUGAUUGCUCCAGCUUAAUGUGAGAACUGAGGGCCUAGAUGAAUGAGAAGGCUAGACCAUUGUAUCUUAUACUAUUAUCUUUGAAUUAGUAUAAUCAUGGAGUUGCUACCUUUUGUCUUAUAUAUCUUUGGUUCUUGUAUU